UUCGAAAACAUAACUGACAUAUUAAGAAAAUGGCAGCCCCCGGGAAAGACGAGUCCACAGAUGCCAAAAGUAAAGUUUCCAUGCACAGUGUAGACGUUUUGUCUCCGGAUUUCGACCCACUGAGUGCCUUAUAUUCUCGUGAUGUAGUUAUUCCUUAUCCAGAAGUCCAAGUAUUUAGCACUCUGUCUGAAUAUGAAAAGAAGAUGACAGCAAAACCAAAAUCCACCCCAGAAAACCCGCAAACCUCAGGCUCUGCAGGUGGCACAGCAAGGAUGCCUAAGAAGGCUCAGUUCAGACAGGAGGGUGCAGCUCCAAAGGCUAUGAAGUCCUCAUCAAAGGAAAAGAAAAUUUCAAGAAGACCACCAGACGUUAAUAUUCUAACGAGAAUGGAGAAAAGAGAAUUAAAAGGUCCAUUGAAUGUGUUACAAAAAUGCAUCCAAGAAAGACAUCAUGUUCGAGUGUGGACAAGAAAUGCUGUUAGUAUAAGAGGAAUUUGUAGAGGAUAUAUAGUUGCAUUUGAUAAACAUUUCAACAUGGCUAUGAUUGAUGUUGAUGAAGUUUUUAAAAAUCCUUGUAUUGAUAAGAAAAAGAGAAAAAAGAUUAGAGAUAAAGAAAAGCAAGAAAUUGAAAAAUCAUCUGUUGCAGAUCAACCAACAAGAACUGAUCAAAAAUCUGGUUCCAAGUUAGCUGUAAAAUCAGAUGUUGUAAAGAACACCACACAAAAUUCUAUUUUAUUAUGUGAAUCUGUUUGGUUAGGUUUACAUCCAACAGAGCUUUCUUACAGACAUGUUAACCAGAUAUUUAUCAGGGGAGAUAAUAUUGCAUGUGUUAAUAUAAUCCAGAGAUGAUACUUCAAACUAACUUUUGUAAAGAUAUACAAUUGCGAUCGAUCUCUGAAUACAUUACCAGGGACUGUUAAUGCAAGAGAUUGAUAUAUUACAUGGAAUAUUUAUCCAGUGGCUGAAUGUGAUAAAUAUGACCGAUAUUCACUGUUGUCAAGAUUGUUAUGGGCUCACAUAUUGUAUUGUGUGGAAAAACGUCUCAGUAAACCCAAUAAAUGUCAAUAAUUCUGGCUGAAUAAAUGACUUUAAAUAAAAA